AUGGUAUACUGGCUGCCAUGUUGAGAAAAACUCCACUUCCCAUCAGUUAUUUGGCAAUGAGUCAUUGCUACGAUUUACGUUGUGUGCGCCAUCAUUGGUGGCUCGGUUGUCACUACGAAGCAGCGGUAAAGGACGUAUCGAAAGCAGCAAGAUGACUGAUUGGGCUGGAUAUGGGUAUGCAGCCCUAAUUGCAUCCGGGGGAGCGAUGGGCUAUGUCAAAGCAGGCAGUGUCCCCUCUUUGGCAGCAGGUCUUCUAUUUGGAGGCCUAGCUGGGGUUGGUGCCUACCAGAUAUCACAAGAUCCCAAAAAUAUUUGGGUGUCACUAGUCACAUCAGGAGCCCUGGCAGGUGUGAUGGGAAAGAGAUUCUACGGCUCCAGGAAGAUUAUGCCUGCUGGAAUGAUGGCAGCAGCAAGUAUCCUUAUGGUGGGAAAGCUCAGUGUUGGAAUGCUGCUGCAGAAGCCCCAGGAGUCAUAAUACACUGAUGUAAAAAUCAUUAUCCUCUUUCUUUUCCAUUGUCUUAUAUUAUUCAGGCACAACCGGUCAUCAGUCAUAUGUGGAUGUUAUUUUGUAAAAAUGUAUAAUUGAACACGGAUUUUAUCUUCUUUAUAAAAUGACAAGGAUGGCAUGUGUUUUUGUUCAUAUUGUUACACAGAUUGUCAUUACAUGAAUGAACCGUUAAGUUGUGUAAAAGGUUUAAAAAAAUGGCCAGUGUU